UUCAUUGCAUACUACAUACAUACGAAAACGAGUGAUUAUCAUCAUCAAUUAUAACAAAAAAAGUCGACAUGAAGCAUUAAUUUAUUGAUUGUUAUUAUACAGCGUAAUUGCAAACGUCACGAAAAAUAAAACCAUCUGAAGGUAGUAUUAUAGAAGACAGCGACAUGGAAAUUUUGAAUUAGAAACACUCACAUCAGUCGAUCUAUGGCCACCUGCUAUCCUUGACAACAGGCGUAUACGUACUGUAUUCUGUAUUGUAACACCGCGAAAUCUAAAAAAGUGUGUUAAUUGCGGCGCGGAAAUUAAGGAAAGAGAAGCUGGCUUACAAUUAGUACUAUUGGAUUCUCAUCUGUAUAUGCUCGAUUGUGUUUUUGUAAUACCCACCUACAGAAAAUGACCUUUCAGAUAUUUCAUUUGUUAUCAUUAAUUUCUUUACUAAAAACCUCAAAUACACAUCCCCCCAUAUAUUCCCCAUAUUUUGACGACCAGUGGGACUUCAAAGUGGCGCCCCAUUCACAACCUUUAAUUGAAAAACAAAAGGAACACAUCCAUCAACCUUCCAUUGCAAAAAGAGAGGGUAAAGAAACAGAAAUUGCAAAUGAUUUAAGCUUUAUAGAAGUAGAAUAUUACAAUACAAAAUCAUUGAAGCCUUCAGGAAAUGCGAUAAGAGAAACAAUUCCAUGUUCUAUAUGCAAAUUAGGUGUGAGUAUAAUACAAGGGGACGUAAAAAGGGGUCGAACUCAGGCAGCCAUCAGAGAAAAAUUUAUAUCCAUAUGUGUGGCAUUUCAAAUACAGACACAAGGAGUAUGUACAGGAUUUUUUGAUGUUUAUAGUCACGACGUCCUUCCUACUUUUAAUUACACCACAUUAGGCCCAGGCGAAAUUUGCUACAUGAUUUUAGGCGAAUCAUGCGAAGAAGCCGAAAAUGCAUCACAUAAAUGGGACAUCGACUUACCAGAUAUUCCUAAGCCCCCAAUUGAAUCGCUACCAGCGCCGAAUAUCGGAAAACCUUCAUUGAAAGUCUUGCAAAUUUCCGAUACGCAUUUUGAUCCCGAAUAUACGGAAGGAAGUCCCAUAAAUUGCAAGGAACCCCUUUGCUGCCGGUCAUAUAGUACGCCUGAAAAUAAAGAAAAAAUUAAACCUGCUGGAAAAUGGGGAUCACCUGGAAACUGUGACGCGCCCUUAAUUCUUAUUGAAAAUAUGUUCGAAAAUAUUGUAUUGAAUCAUCCAGAUAUAGAUUAUAUUAUUUGGACUGGUGAUUUGCCACCUCACGAUAUUUGGAAUCAGACGAAAAAUCAAACCGUGGGAAACCUUCAAGAACAUGUCAAAUUGAUGCAAACAUAUUUCCCAAAUGUACCAAUUUUCCCAGUACUUGGAAAUCACGAAGCAGUACCAGCAGGAAGUUUUCCGCCGCCGUGGGUCCAUCAUGAAGAAUAUUCGAUUCGCUGGUUGUACGAAGAAGCUCAAGAUCAAUGGAAAAAAUGGUUACCGACUACAUCCAAUUCUACGAUACAACAAGGAGGUUUCUACUCAGUAUUAAUUAGACCUGGAUUUCGAAUUAUUUCAAUAAAUACGAAUUAUUGUAGUUCUUUGAGUUGGUGGCUUUUGCUAAGCAGUACCGAUCCUGCUAAAGAACUCAAAUGGUUAGUCUACGAACUGCAGGAGGCAGAAAGUAAAGGAGAAAAAGUACAUAUAAUUGGUCAUAUACCACCCGGGUACUCAGACUGUUUAAAAGAAUGGUCAAAAAAUUACAACAAAAUCAUAAACCGCUACCAGAACACGAUAACAGGACAAUUCUUUGGUCAUACUCAUGGAGACGAGUUUGAGGUCUUUUAUGAUGAUGAAACAUCUUCCAUACCUACGAACGUUGCUUAUUUAUGUCCAUCAGUAACCACAUUCGGUAACUAUAAUCCCGCAUACAGGAUCUAUUAUGUCGAUGGAGAACACGACACAGCCACAUGGGAAAUCCUUGAUCAUGAAACUUGGACAACGAAUUUAGAAGAAGCCAACAAUCCAGGGAAUUCCCCCCAUUGGUAUAAACUCUAUUCGGCAAAAGAAGCUUACAGCAUGGAGUCCUUAAGGCCUGUGGAAUGGGAGAAACUAAUCCAAGAAAUGACCGACGAUCCCAUAGUUUUCGGGCAAUUUUACAAGUAUUACUACAGAGAUACAAAAGGCAGACCUUAUUGCGAUUUAACUUGUAAAAUUCAAAUGCUUUGUGAUUUAAAAUCUGGCAGGUCGCAUGAUCGUAAAAUUUUGUGCAGUGAUAUAGAAACCAAAAUAUUAGCGAAAAUAUCAAAUGUAAAGUCUGUACAAAAUAAAAGUAAAAAAGCAUAAUAAAGUACCUUUAUAUAAGUAAAAUGCAUGC